ACCCCGUUCUUCGCCGUCAAAUACGCGAAUGAACGCCGCUGCUGAUCAAUCCGCUGCUGAACCCGGCCCGGCAGAGUCACAGAAGACAACUGAACACUGUCAACCGCUUCCGCUCCCUAUCCCGGAGUCGGUCCUUGCUCACCUGCCCUGCAUUCCGCGCACCUCCCCUUCACUCAGAGCACGCAAACGCCUCCUCAACUUCGUCCACAACACGCCAAUACUCGACGAACACUAUCGCAUCGACGCAGAGGAGGUCGCGGUCUUCAGCGGCGGACAUGUGAGCACAUUUUGUCCAUGCGCGGAGGGCAAGGCGAGAGUGUGGGUCAAGAUGGUGUUCAAUGGCGGCGAGAGGAGGGUAGAGGCCUUUCUGAGAGAGGCCCUGAUGCUCACUCGUGUAUGCAGGAAUGCCAGGGGGCUGCUGCCUGUCGAGAGAGUUGGUGUUGCCGUGCACAAUGAACAGUGGAGAUACGUGGCUGACAAGGGCUGGGAGCGACACCACGCUGCAGACGGAGACAACCAAAAUGCUUGUGGCGUCAUGGCAAUGGACAGGACAAUCAACUUUAACCAUCUUCCUCUCAGCAACGUGGAAGAGGCUCUUUCUAUGGGGAUGUCUCAUCUGUCUGACAUGCUUGUGGGGCUGAAGGAGCGCGGCAGCGAUGAAAAAAGGGAGGACCCGGAGGGGGACGCCACAGAGAGGGACCGUCAAGAGAGGGAAGAUUCUCACAGGGUGGUUGCCGCGUUGCCUGACCGGGCCAGAUAUCUAGUGGUGAAGGUACUGUGUGGAACAGCACAGAUGUGGAACAGCACUCUCAGGACCAGCACGGUAUCUUUGGAUGGAUGCAGCUCCUAUGGAUAAUCGACCUUCUCAAGUCGCUCGGUGAUUCCACACACAGGGAUUGACUCAUGACGGAGAAAACAGUGUUUGUGGUGGUGCAGAGAACCACCACGAUCAGCACCUCCUGCACAGCCACCUGUCUCUUAAGGACCUCUGCCUCCUCCCCUCUCCGUCAUCAGCCUUCAUUCCCCCGCCCCCUCCACCCCCGCCCCCACCGCCACCGGUCCCCACAUUCCUUCCGCCACCAGAGCCCAUCGAGCAGCCCCCAACACGUAGGCAUGCAGUCGUUGAAUAUAUGGAUCGCCACUCUGUGUCUUUUGAUCAGCAAAGUCGCCGCCCAGCCGGGGCCGAGGGAGAGGCAAGGCCAGGGGCAAGAGGAAAUCAACAAUAAUGGCCAAGAAGGCGGCGGAGAUCCUGCCUCCACCGCCACCGCAGCCGGCCGUGCCUGAGAGUGUCAUUGAGGAUAUAUUGACGCCUCCCCCGUCCCCGCCCGAGCCAAUGCCCGUGAGGAGAUUCCCUUUCGAUGUAUCGCCUGCAUGGUACGCUUGGAGAGGCGUCCAUGCCCCACUUCAGUUUGGCUGUGUUUAACAGGGUUGCCUUCAUGGACUGGCAGGGCGUUGUGUGUGCGCCAAGGGAUAAUCGGGGGCAAGACCCAGUGAUGGUCCAGGCCCCAUUGCCCUCGCGGGAGCUCCGUGACUUCAUCCAAGAACAGUGUAACAGAGAGAGGCUGUCGCUUGUGAAGAGAGACACGCCAAUGACGGACAAGUGGUGGACGGCGUGGGUCAAGGCCCACAGUGACGAAGACUGGAUGAAGGGCACCGAGGCGAUGCGAGACACGAUGGCCGACGAGACGCUGAGAGAAGGCCUCCUGGACAGCCUCUUAAGAGCUGCGCCCGAGAGGGUGAGUGAGUGAGACAGAGAGAGACAUCCCCCGUCUCUGUGUGUGGAUGCAAAGAGUUGCAUCCAGGUCAUCGAGUACGCGAAGGCUUCGCUGGGCGAAGCCAUUGCGGAGAACCGCGAUCGCGUGGGUGGGUGUGGCAUCGGCCCCUGGACAGAUGUGUAUGCAGUCGGGAUGGUCAUGUAUGAGCUGCUCACUGGUAGAGAACCCGUUUUGUCAGCCACACGUUUUGAUUUCAUGUGUCUGCUGCUCAGGCUCUUUGCCGCACUGCAGCACGCUGCCCGCGCUACAGGUAGACAGAUAUGAAGCCCGCAACUGCGCACACGAGCUGCACGUGUGUGUGUAUGUGUUUGUGUGUGUUUGUGUCCUUCCGUCAUACAGAAAUCUCUUUUACACUUCUCCAGUGAGUGCGCCACAGCCUCAGCAGCUCCCCCCGUCCCGCCAACCAACACCCGCCCGUCGGCCCCAGACAACGAGUACCCCUUCCUCACAUACGAUGCAUACCUCUGGCCCGAUGUCUCGUCUCUCCCGCACACACGCCGUGUCUCAUCGUCCAGCAGCGCCUCUCGAGCUGGUGGAGAGGACGGCAGCCCCUCUGUGCGUGACGACAGGAGCCCCUCUGCUCGGCUCUCUGUGAGCAGCUCCUCGGCCCGCUCGUCGACUGUGAGUUUCCCCGGCUCCUCGGUCAGGGACGAGCCGAGCGAGAGCAUCGAGGACGCCUUCGUGGUAAGGAUGCAUGACGAACAGGUGGCAAUUAAAAAGUCAAAGGCGAUCGGGUACAACAGCCUGCAGAAGGCGGGGGCGGCUCUUGUCGUGGCCCUUGAGGAUUAUGAGAAUGACAUGUGGACAUUCCCUCGGUGGGCCGAUCUGCACUCACCCCUUCUUUUUCUGCCGGCAAGAAAGAAGCCAGAGACGACACACACAGAAGGGGCGGGGAGUGGGGUGAGGAGGAAAGGCGGACAGAGGUCUGUCGUUGCUAGGAGAGACGAGCUGCUAGACAUCCUGCACGCUGCAUGUGCAAAGAAACCAUCUCAGAGAUACCAGAGUGCAGGCGAGAUGCGGCAACAACUGGUGAGUAGAAUUAUUUCAGAAAGACGGUUUCAUGAUACAUCUCGUGGGUCUGUCUCAUGCUGUCAACUGCAGGAGGCGUAUUUGCGUGACAUAUUGUCGCUGUGCUUGCAAGAGUGACUAUCAGGUCUAGCACUAGCAAGCACCGCUAGUCUUCAUGUACGUGCACACUUCCAGCGCGUUCAUGCAGCCUUUACAGGUCGUCCCACAUGGACCUACCAGAUGUCCUUCACCAAUUCGACGUCCAGAUGUCCUUCACCAUUUCGACCCAUAUAAUUGCCAAAAGCACCAGAAGGGCAACAACCGGAUACCCAUACAGUGUCCAGGGCAGAAAUCCGAAUAAGAUCAUGGAACCCCAACCCGGCAGGACCUGGACCACGGCUUUCUUGAAUACAAGGGUCAGGCCCAAGAUUGGGAAAUAGGCGACGGCCGAAGUGAUCAUGACCUUAUUGACACCGCGUAUCAUCCCCCGUGCGCCUGUCCAUAUACACACACAACAAAUUGAAUGUGUAUGGACACUGUCCAUCCAGACCAGCAGAGGACACAAAACACGCGUCUACGUGCGUGUGUGGGUUUUUUACUGUCAAGAUUGAUGUCGACACUGGGCAGUGGAAUGCUGCUCAGCGACUCUGCAUGGAGGCACCGAUAGACACACACAUGACAUACAUGCCUCUUCUCGUGCACAUCUCGGCAGCAAGAGCUCGAGCGACACUCACGUUGCAUCAGCUCGAUCGCGCCGGGUGUCCUCUCCUCCUGCAGCCAUGCAUAUCUCGCCUGCAGGUCAUUGAGUUGCUCCUGCAGUGUCCUGAUGUGCUCGAGCGACGCCCUUUCCCUCUUCUCGGACCUCGCCAGGCGGUCAGCCAAGGGCAAGCUGGCGUCAUCUUCCCACUGAGUGAGUGCAUGGACAAAAGCAGAUCAUCCAUCCAUUGGAUGCAUCA